AUGUCUGCAUCGCAAAGACUACCACUGGACCGGCAAAGGGCUUUUGGUCGUAUGGUGUUUGAGACGUUGGCGGAUGCUCGAGACGGACUUUACGUCUUACUCUUUGCCGCCCACGAUUUCAUUGUCGACACGAGGGAAAUCAGAAUCAACAAACCAAAAGACUGGACGCCCUCCUCGGAUCUGGGUACCCGACAGGAACGACUUCGAACGGACUUUCUCAAGUGGCACACGGCUUUUGAAGAGAGGAUCCGGUGUCCCAGCAGACCACCUCUCCAACACGAAGUAGAGCCUUAUUCGCUGCUCCAUGUGGUGUACGGCUAUUAUUUCAUCUUGGUGUGCACGGGGUUGAGCAUGUAUGAAACGGAUUUUGACAAAUUUUUCCCCAUCUUCCAGACCAUGGUCGACCACGCCGGUCGCAUCGUCACUCCCCAGGUCGACGAGCUGCGGCCCGUCUUCAUGUUUGAGACUCGAGUCAUCCCUUCGCUGUUCGCGGUCGGAGUCAAGUGUCGACACCCGGUCAUUCGGCGACAGGCAAUCGCGUUGCUUCGAAAUGGGACUCGUGCGGAAAAUACUUGGAGAGCCGACACAAUGGCCGACAUUGCCGAAUGGUCGGUCGGUAUCGAGGAAUCAGGCAGUAUUCACGGGGUCUUCUGUCCAGACCCUCAGGAUAUCGAGCUCCCGCCCGAGAAUCAUCGAGUGCAUUGGAGUCAGGUUAUUGAGCUUCCAGACUCUGACGGACGGGCGUCAAAAUUCCACCAGGUCCAAAAAUGGGAGCAAGACGAGCACCAUGUCUGGUCGUUGGUCGACCACUUGGUGAGGGUGUGA